GUUAAACACACCCAUAGCACAAAACUUUCAACUCAGUAAGAGAGACGGAAAUAUAUACAACAACUCGCCGGAAACUUGCAACAUACAAAGACUGUGGUAGAAGGAAAAGUUUUGUUGGUGAAUUCAGAGUUUUCUUGAGGAUCAAUGGAAAUGGAAAGGCCGGUGAACUUGGAAAAUGAGCUUAAUCUCAAGGCAACCGAACUAAGAUUAGGUUUGCCUGGGAACGAUGACCAGCCAGAGAAGCAGUACUCUUCUCGUAGUAUUAGGAGUAUAAACAAAAGAUUUUCAUCAGAGAUGUAUACUGAAUCAGAUGCCCAAAAGGGUGACCACCAAGACCCUUCCCCUGCCACCAAGGCACAAGUAGUAGGAUGGCCACCAGUCCGAUCUUACCGGAGAAAUGUUCUCCAACCAAAGAAGGCCGAGGCUGAUGGUGCCGGAAUGUACGUGAAAGUGAGCAUGGAUGGAGCUCCUUAUCUGAGAAAGAUUGAUCUGAAAGUUUAUCAAAGCUACUCAGAGCUCCUCAACGCCUUGGAAGAUAUGUUCAAGUGCACCAUAGGUGUGUACUCCGAGAGAGAAGGGUAUAAUGGGUCUGAUUAUGCACCAACUUACGAAGACAAAGAUGGUGAUUGGAUGCUGGUUGGAGAUGUUCCAUGGGAGAUGUUUAUGACAUCUUGCAAAAGGCUGAGAAUCAUGAAAGGGUCUGAAGCUAAGGGCUUGGGGUGUUUGUAGAAACCUUUUCACCCAAGAUCGAUCCCUAUUCCUUACUCUCUUGAGUCCCCAAGAUGGUUAGGGGUCUUACAGGUUUAUAGCACUAAUACUCACAGAUGAGUGAUCAGAUCAUGCCAUCAAAGUUAAUAUGGCAGGGUUUGCGCCUCUUUGAUUUUGGUUUUCUAGCAACCAACCCCCAAGAACGGGAUAUAUAUAUGUAUCUCUCACUUGUGUCUGUACAGAUGAAAAUUACACUUCAAAGUGUGUUUUUUAGAAGAUUUUGUUACAUAAUAAUGAAGAUAUACACGGCAAAAUGCAUUAUUUUGUGUCAAUUAUA